AUGCCAGCAGCCAGUGAGAUGGGCAAGGCAGCGCGCAGGCCAGGCAGAGCCGCGCUCCUGGGCCCAGGUGGGCACGUCCUGGCCGCCGGAGGAGGACUCUGUUCCUCCUCCUGGCCGUUGGCCGGGGACGGGAAGUACCAAAGCGCCGUAGCUUUGGCUCGGCUCCACGCCACCCCCAAUAAACUUCCCUCUGUCCCUGGCACUCGGGCUCUGCGUGCGGCGUUGCGGGCAGUUGCGCCGGGCCCCACCAUCAACGGGCAGCAGCUGGCGGUGUGCACGCUGCUGGAGGAGGAGAGCCGUGCCUUCACCUGCCGGGCCCCCCAGCCAGCCCCCGGCACCGCGCUGACGUGGUACCUGGAUGGCCAGAAGCAGGAGGCGAACUGUUCGGCUGCAGACACUGCCAGCACCCUCACCCUCACCGCCCGGCGUGCCAACCGCCAGCUCAACUGCUCCCUGACCGACCCAGCCUCCGGGGAGACCUACAAUGCCUCCGUCCUCCUCGAUGUGCAGUAUAAGCCAGAGAUCCUGUGGGCAGAUGCCCGCUACCAGCAGGUCGAGGGCACUGGGCUCCUCCUGCUGCUCUUCGUGCUGGUGCGAGCCAACCCUCCUGCCAGCAUCACCUGGGUGGACCAGGAUGGGCACGUGAUGGCCAACGCCUCCGAGAUCCUCCUCCUGCGUGCCACGCGCUACCCGGGGCUGGCCAACCAUUCACUGCGCAUCCACCUUGGCAGGGCCAGCAACUUCUCCGUCAGCGCUGCCAACAGCGUGGGCGUCACCACCGCUUCCCUCCUGCCCCCAGGUCUGCUGGACGCCCGCGUGGAGCUGCCCCUCCUGGGUGUUGCCGUCGGAGCAGCCCUGGCCCUGGGUGCCCUGCUCAGCCUGGGCUCCUGUGUCGCCUGCCUGGCGUGCCGGCGGGGGCCAGCCGGGACCCGGUCCCUGCCCCCCGACCUGCGCUUUGGUGACUUUGUGCAGGAAGCCAGAGCUUCCCCCAAGGACGUGGGAGCCGGUGGCAGGGGAGAGGAGAACUCCCUGCCGGGGCUGGAGAACUCCCUGGUCCUCAGCAAGCUCGGUUUUGUCCAGCUCCCGCUGUCUGGGCGCAUCUACAAAGUGCCGAGCGCGAGCAGCGAUGAGAUCUGGCUGUGA